AUGUACAGCAAAAGCAAUUCGACGAUCACCAAUUGGAUUGUAAAAUACGAAAACUCUGGUUCAGUGACUCGAUCGGUGGGAACACGCAUGCCGUCAAAGUUUGAUGCAGACAAGAAACAGUGGAUUCUACGACUGUAUCACGAAAAUCCAAUCCUGUACCUCGAUGAAGCAAGGCAGCAGUUCCAAAUCCGUUUCAACUUGUCAAUAUCAACGUCUCAUAUAUGCCAUAUUCUUCAUGAAAACAACAUGUCGUGGAAAACUCUGGAAAAAAGAGCGAUACAGAUCAAGGACUCGGAGAUUUUGAAAUUCAUGGCCGAGCUCUGUGCUAUUGAUUGGGAUUACAGUAAUCUGGUCUUUUUAGACGAAGUCUCAAUCGAUAACCAGGGAUUGUUGCGCACAAAGGGAUAUGGAAUUAUCGGUGAGCGGCUUCUCUACCGCGGAGAAUUCGUCAGAAAACCACGCAUGUCGAUGCUGGCAUUCGUUGGACAAAAUGGGAUUUUGGAGACUUAUACAACCGAGGGCACUUUCAAUCGGUUAAAGUUUUUUGCUUACUGUAAAGACUUUGCGCUGUCAGGAGGCUGCGCGAAAUACCCUGGACGAAACUCGGUAUGGAUAUUGGAUGGUGCCAAAAUCCAUUGCCAUCCGAGCAUUAUACGUUACAUUCGAUCACUUGGAAUCAUACCUAUAUUCCUACCCGCGUAUUGCCCAUUCUUCAAUCCCAUUGAAUACGUUUUUGGAAUAGUAAAGAAACAUCUGAAGCGAAGGUCUGCUGGCAAGAAAAUCGACAUGGAAAUUUUGGUCAACGACGAAUUCACACGAAUGCGAGACUUUUCAUGCACGAAAUUGUUCAAAAAAUGUGGAUACGUUAUGAGCGGAAAAUUUGAUCCUGCCGUUGCCUAUCAGCAGUCUGUAAAGGAUCUUGGUUUCAAAUAA